AAGAAAGAGACAGGGUGGGACUGAAUAACUGGGCUACUCAUUUAUUAUAACUGAAAAUUAAAAGAUUGAAAUAAAUACUAGAUAUGGGACAAGUGGCCUACAUUUAUGUAGGACACACUUAGGAGACAUGUCACAGUUAUGGAAAUAACUAGAGGGAAGACGAAUGAGACCAUGAUCAGUCAAAUAUGACAAGCCAAGGAAAUAGCAAACUCCAUCUAUAACUUUUUUGCUUUUCAAUGGAGACUGGGUAACAUGGACAUAUCAUGGACAGAUUUUAGGCCUGGCUACUUAUCAAGUGGUGGUUUUGACAUGUUUCAACAAGAUACUUACCUGAGGAUAGAAGGGAGGCCUGUGCAAACCCUUUUUGUGGUGUGGAGAUUUUCCAAAAAUAUAUCUGCCAUUUUUGUGUGUGUGUGUGUGUGUACUCUGAAUUGAUGAGAGGGAGAUACCUACAAUGACACAUACCCAUCACCCACUGUGUCUCUCUGUCUCUCGUUCUGUCUGUUGCUUUGUCUGUCUGUCUCUCUCUUUCACACACACCUUGCAUUGCGCACUGAAGUUACUGUCCCACAGCUCUGGGUGAUUUUUUUUUCUUGCCAAGAAAUGAAAGAGUGGCAUCAGACCUUUUUGCUGUAGUGGAUCGUUUUUCCCCCUCUGAUAUCCACAUCAGAAGAAUCAAGAGGAUUAGAUUUUUCUUAAUUUUCUAAGGAUGGGACUGUACCAAAGCUUACCCUAAGCUCUAUAAUGUAUUUAAACCUUUCUGGACGAGUUUUAUUUUUCGGGAGUACAAAUAUUUCUUCCAUGGAGGAUUUAAUCAUAUUCUAACUUGUAUGUAGUGUGAAAGAAUUUGACGAGCCAACCAUGCUGAUUGGUUACAUCUCAACAUUUUCUCAAAAUGUUUGUAAAUUCAGAGCCCAUGACUAUAAUUUAUUUAACCAGUGAAGUCACCCUUAUAGCAGGAAUCUAUAGCAUUCAGUUCCGAUAAUUUUUUUUUACAAAUAAUAGUGAUUUUUUCUUUCAUUUGCUUAGAGGCUGUCAGAGAAGAACGUGAACAAACAUACACUUUCCAAAUGAUUUGAUAGAACUUUGCAAUGUAAGACAUGGGCUGAACUCUUACAUUUACAUUACAUGUUUGUCAUUUAGCACUCUUAAAUUGUAAUUGUAUUUCUUUUUCACUAUUAUUUGGCAGAUUGUUUUCGGGUUUUUUACGUGUUAGAAGUUUUUCAAACGUAAAUUCUCUGUUAAUAAAGUUUACACUGGGAGUUGCUAAAACAUUCGCCAGUGCGCAUUGGAUUCCACACAGGUCCUCAGUGCGCAUUGGACUGCACCGGACAGACACAGACUGAAAGAUUCCUGAAGAUUUCAUAUGGAGCCGAGUGAGUCCGUUCACCAAUCUGACCACCGGACUAUGUGGCUGACCCACCUCGCCUUGCUGCUGCUCCGGCUGGCGGUGUCCGCGGAGGGGCUCUCCACCUGCCAGUCAUUCAGCCUGGAUGAUCAGAAGUCCAAGCGCAUCGAGGCCGUUCGCGGUCAGAUCCUCAGCAAGCUCCGCUACCGGAGCCCACCGGAGCCCCCCGCACCGAGCCCUCAGCCCGAGGCUGUGCCCGCUGAGGUGAUGCUGCUCUACAACAGCACUCGGGAGCUGCUGAAGGAGCGUGCGCGCCAGGCCGAGUCCGCGUGCGACCGGGAGAGCAGCGAGGAGGAUUAUUAUGCAAAAGAGGUUCAGCGCAUAGACAUGCUUCCGCAGCGCACAGACAUCAAUGCAGUGAACCCUCCAGUCCCCAGCACAUAUUACAGAGUGGUGGGAUUCGAUGUGAGUGGUGUGGACAGGAACUCCAGCACCCUGGUCAAAGCUGAGUUCAGAAUCUACAGAGCACCCAACCCCCAGGCCCGCACCCCAGAGCAGAGAGUAGAGAUCUAUCAGGUGAUAAAGCCAGAAGAGCCAACAGGCCCCUCGCAGAGAUACAUCGAUUCCAGAACUGUUCGCCCACGGACCAAGGGGGCGUGGCUCUCUGUGGAUGUCACUGACACUGUGAAGGACUGGCUGGCUCAUAAGGAGAGGAACCUGGGUUUGAAGCUGGGUGUUCACUGUCCAUGCUGUACCUUCGUUCCCUCCACCAACAGCAUUGUGUUCAAUAAGAGUGAGGAGCUGGAGACACGCUUCGCAGGUCUGGAUGAUGAGCUGCUUCAGCAGCAGGUGCGGAAGCCGGGGGCUAAGGGCCAGGUAGAGUUUAGUACCAAGACCCCCCACCUCAUCCUCACCCUGCUGCCCAGUGACAGGGUAGACAACCCGGGCAAAAAGACCCGCAAGAGGAGAGCUGCUGCAGACACCACCACCUGCUCCAGGAAUUCAGGCGCGGGCUGCUGUCUGCGAUCUCUCUACAUCGACUUCCGCCGGGACCUGAACUGGAAGUGGAUCCACGAGCCGAAGGGCUACAAGGCCAAUUUCUGCUCUGGCAGCUGCCCAUACCUCUGGAGCGCUGACAACCACUACAACAUGAUCCUGCCACUGUAUAACAAGCUGAACCCUGAGGCGUCGGCAUCUCCGUGCUGUGUACCUCAGGACCUGGAGCCUCUGACCAUCGUGUACUUCAUGGGCCGAACGCCCAAGGUAGAGCAGCUCUCCAACAUGGUGGUCAGGUCCUGCAAGUGCCGCUGACGCAGGGGCCCAGCGGCGGGAGAGGGGGAAGGAGGAGGAAAAGAGCUGGACAAAACAACGACUACUUGUGCUCCUCAAGCAAAAAGGACAGACUGACCCUCUCUGUCUAUAUAUUCAACCCUUCAUUUCACUUACACAGUCGGAGUCUGGCACAGGCUGUUUUUUUUUUCCAAAUCUCACAAGUAUGAAACUGAGAAAUUGUCUUCAACUGUUGGUCUUUUCCCCACUUUCAUAAGGUCAAAAAUACUGUAAAUAUCUUAUUAAUUGAAAUAGCUUUAUUAAACUUUAUUUCACAUUUUCAAAAUCUGAUAUUAAAGUGUUUUGGU